GCACAUUUUUUUGUGGAAGGUAGACGCUAGUAGCUUUCCGUUCAUAGUAGGCUACCACCGCCCGAGCGGCCGAGUUCCCCAGCGUCUGACUGUAGGCUAAUGAUGUCCUUCCACUGAAUACGACACCGACAGUUUUGACUGCAUUGUCGCGAUUAGCUGUUCCACAUUGGGACUUCUUCUAAACUGAAUCAAAGCUGGCUUUAGCUGUUUUACCUUUCGAUUCUGUCUUCCUAUUCGCUAGACUUCCUACUCGCCUGGCCACUCAUCUUUCCCGCAGAAUAUCUGCUGCAGUCGACAAAAUAAAACCGAUUAUUCGCGGAUUGCGUUUACAUCUGGACACGCUCGGGAGAUUUGAGGCCUACUGUUAGCCUAUCUCUAUUGUAAAGAAGAAAACGUCUACGUGUUUUUGCGACUAUAUAAUGCCGACACAUCUGCGAUUUCGGAGAAGGUCAUUCCUUGGGCUUAUAUUCCUUUUCUCACUGUCCACCACGGCAUUGUACUUCAUCUAUUCAGCGCCUGGUAUCGUAAAUGAGUACCUGUUUAUGGUGCAGGCCACAGGGAUUCACAUCAAGGACAACGUGAAGAAUAUCGGUGUUCAAGUUCUAGAGCAGGUGGUCAGAGGUGGUUACAAUAUCAAUGGCACAGAUUAUGCCUAUGACUUCAACCUGAGUGAGAGUGAUGUGCCGCCCACCACAUACCUCCCCGACAGCUUCACCUAUUUGUCCUCACAGAUUUGCCCAGAGAGACUGCCCUCCAUGAAGGGGAGGCUGGAGGUGAAUAUGAGUGAGAUGGCUCUGGAGGAUGUGGAGAGGGUUCUGUUGAAUGCUGAGCCUAGCAUGACCCUGGGGGGCUACUGGAAGCCCAGGGACUGUGUCCCGCGUUGGAAGGUGGCGAUACUGGUCCCAUUCCGAAACCGCCAUGAGCACCUGCCUAUCUUACUCAGACACCUGAUACCAGCACUACAAAGACAGAGGCUACAGUUCGCCUUCUAUGUUGUAGAGCAGGUUGGUAGUGAGCCCUUCAAUAGGGCCAUGUUGUUUAACGUGGGCUUCCGGGAGGCUAUGCGGGACCUGGACUGGGACUGUAUGGUGUUCCACGAUGUAGACCACAUGCUGGAGAACGACAGGAACUACUACGGCUGUGGAGACAUGCCUCGCCACUUCGCUGUCAAACUCAACAAGUACUCCUACAUGCUUCCGUACAAUGAGUUCUUUGGUGGCGUCAGUGGUCUAACAGUGGAACAGUUCACCAAGAUCAAUGGCUUUCCCAAUGCAUUCUGGGGCUGGGGAGGAGAAGACGACGACCUUUGGAACAGGGUGCAGUAUGCUAACUACACGGUCAGUCGGCCGCAGGGAGAGUUGGGCCGUUACAUGUCAAUCCCACACCACCACCGUGGCGAGGUGCAGUUCCUGGGAAGGUACACUCUUCUAAGGCGCUCUAAGGAGAGACAGAGUCUGGAUGGGCUCAACAACCUGCGGUACUCCCCCCUAUUGUCCCGGAGGCCUCUCUACACCAACAUAUCAGUCAGCCUGAGCAGGAAGCUAGCCCCUAUAGCAGACUAUAACUGACCAGGAAGCAGCGGGCCACACAGCCCUCCGGGGAAACGAAGUCAUUAUGGACGUUAGCCAUAUCUCACCAGUCACAGCACUCCUUAGGACUUUUUAGUUCAUUUACUUUGAUUCAGUUUUUUAAGCAAAAAAGACAUGCAGAACGGUGUUGAUUGAUCAAUCCUUGUGACAUGUAAGGAGAAAGCCGCACUCGUUUUGUGCUGUGGUCCAUCAAUCGCUUCUAUCAUCCGGGCUUCUCCACUCUUCUGUCUCCACCUGCCCUCCACACCAUUUUGGGCCUUUAGCAUUCAUUCUUUCAUUAAUUUGUUCAGUAAGUCAUUAAUUCACUCAUGGAGACAAUGGCAACUGUAACCAUAAGGGAAACAGGAACACAUUCCCUCUAUAGGGCUGUGGUGUGGAGGGGACAGUAGUGUAGUUUGUGUAUGUGGCUGAAGGAGUUAGGUUGUACACACAAAUCUGCUGACACAGUCCCUAGGCUUUGAUUUUAUUUUGACCUUGAAUAUUUGACCUGAAUAUUUUUCAUUGACUUAUUAAACCUGUGAAAAACAGACACACACAGAGUAGGUCCUCACAGCUGGCUCUGUGUAGGACAUGGAGGGAGAGAGAGACGCUGUGGACAAAGGUAUAACAUUAGCUUGAGACUGACUUGUGUGCAGAGUGGCUGACUGGUCACAGUAGACACACCUUUAGCUAAAUAAACAUACUAGUCUAGCAAAUUGAAAAUCUUUGACAGUACAGUGUGAGUGAGAGCGGGAUAGCUAUGUAUGUGUUAGAGAGAGAGGGAUAGCUAUGUAUGUAUGUGUGAGUGAGAGAGGGAUAGCUAUGUAUGUGUGAGUGAGAGAGGGAUAGCUAUGUAUGUGUGAGUGAGAGAGGGAUAGCUAUGUAUGUGUGAGAGAGAGAGAGGGAUAGCUAUGUAUGUGUGUGAGAGAGAGAGGGAUAGCUAUGUAUGUGUGAGAGAGAGAGGGGGAUAGCUAUGUAUGUGUGAGAGAGAGAGGGGGAUAGCUAUGCAUGUGUGAGAGAGAGAGAGCGGGAUAGCUAUGCAUGUGUGAGAGAGAGAGAGCGGGAUAGCUAUGUAUGUGUGUGAGAGAGAGAGAGAGGGAUAGCUAUGUAUGUGUGAGAGAGAGAGAGGGAUAGCUAUGUAUGUGUGUGAGAGAGAGAGGGAUAGCUAUGUAUGUGUGAGAGAGAGAGGGGGAUAGCUAUGCAUGUGUGAGAGAGAGAGAGCGGGAUAGCUAUGUAUGUGUGAGAGAGAGAGGGAUAGCUAUGUAUGUGUGUGAGAGAGAGAGAGCGGGAUAGCUAUGCAUGUGUGAGAGAGAGGGGGAUAGCUAUGCAUGUGUGAGAGAGAGAAGGAUAGCUAUGUAUGUGUGUGUGUGAGAGAGAGAGGGAUAGCUAUGUAUGUGAGAGAGAGAGAGGGAUAGCUAUGUAUGUGUGAGAGAGAGAGGGAUAGCUAUGUAUGUGUGUGAGAGAGAGAGGGAUAGCUAUGUAUGUGUGAGAGAGAGAGAGAGCGGGAUAGCUAUGCAUGUGUGAGAGAGAGGGGGAUAGCUAUGCAUGUGUGAGAGAGAGAAGGAUAGCUAUGUAUGUGUGUGUGUGUGAGAGAGAGAGGGAUAGCUAUGUAUGUGAGAGAGAGAGAGGGAUAGCUAUGUAUGUGUGAGAGAGAGGGAUGGCUAUGUAUGUGUGAGAGAGAGAGGGAUGGCUAUGUAUGUGUGAGAGAGAGAGGGAUGGCUAUGUAUGUGUGAGAGAGGGAUGGCUAUGUAUGUGUGAGAGAGGGAUGGCUAUGUAUGUGUGAGAGAGGGAUGGCUAUGUAUGUGUGAGAGAGAGGGAUAGCUAUGUAUGUGAGAGAGAGAGGGAUAGCUAUGUAUGUGUGAGAGAGAGAGAGAUGGCUAUGUAUGUGUGAGAGAGAGAGGGAUAGCUAUGUAUAUGUGAGAGAGAGAUAGCUAUGCACAUGGGCUUGUCAGCAUCCUGUUUUCACUGCUUUGAGGGAUUUCUGAUGUCAGACACAUGUUUAGUGAGUCUCCUAAACUGAAAUGUUCACUGUUCACAUCAUGUCAUGCAGUUUAAGCCUGUCUCCCAAUUCACACUCUUUUUCCCUAUAGGCCUGUGUGUUCCACAAUCAUGUGUAACACUGUAUAGGAAUAGGAUGAUGUUUGAGAGGCAGUCUAAAACUAGAGACCCUGUUCUAUCCCCUUUACCCUAAACAGAAAUGUUUAUUCAUCUAUAGGGUCAUUUGCGAUGGAGCCUGCAGAGGCACUUUCACUAGUGUCUUUUUAAAGAGACACUGCACUGUGUUUGCAGCUGUUUGCAGCUGCUUUGUGUAAUGUCAUUCUGACGUUGGUUAGACACCGUGGCAACGCGUUCCAGUCCCCCCCCCAUCCUGCUGGACUAUGAUGACGGUGCCCUUAGGCACUGCUCAAAGGUCAGAAAGUAACUGCAGACACAGAUGAAGUCAUUAGCAGUGGUUAAUCUUUAGCCAGUGUGUGGUCUGUGUGUGGGAAAAGUCUGAAUACUGGCGUUUGUGUUUGGGUGGUAUGCUACGUGAGACCUCACAAACUAAGAUACAUUCACCACUCCAAAUAUCUCCAGCAAUUCCAGCCCUUCGUCUUCUCGUCUGUGCAGAUAUGUGUAUUUUUGUAUUUGUAGUUUUUAAGGAUCCCCAUUAGCUGCUGCUAUGGCAACUCUUCCUGGGGUCCAAACAAAUGAAGGCAAAAAUAAAACGGUACAUCAUACAACAUUAUUACAGUAGAACAUUUAUAAUCCCAUCAUACGUAUGUGUGUGUGUAGAGUGCAUGUGCUAGCGUGUGUGUGUGUGUGUGUGGCAGUGUUUGAGUGAAUUGGUUUUGUCACAGUACUGAAGUAACAUCAAAUGUGGUCCUACUGUUGUCUCUGUUCAAAGGCCUAUAUUCCAACACACCGGCCCCUCCAUGUCUUGGUGUCUCCAUAGCUUUAAUAUACUGACAGUUCAUUUCACACACAUCGCCUUGUCAAAUCAUUGACUUUCUUCAGAUGUAUCAUUUGGGAAAAAAGUUUUUUGUGUUCCCAUGAUAUGACGGAGGCGGGACCUCCUUUUAUUUAUUUAAUCUUUUAAAGAUGACUUCCUGUGAUUGAUUGAUUGAUUUUGUUGUGGUGAUGAUGAUUCAGUAAACUUGCUGUGAGACAGGCUGUGUUAGAAGCACUGAAACUUGUGGUUGUGAGAUUGAAAGUUCAACCUGUGUGGAAAGAUGUUCCAAAUUAACCCCUGCCCCUAAACUCUAUGCACUUAGAUCUGAAACAAUUAGCAAAAUGGUAACGGCUCCACCUUUUUUAAAUGCUAGUUGGAAUGUCUGCCAUAUUGCUUAUACCUGUCCAAUCCACUUGGAUCUACACACAUGCAUAGAGAUUAGGAUAUAGAGGUUAAUUUUGGAUUUGAUAUGUUCGUUAAAUCAGCUGAACCGGCAAUGUAGACGUAGGCCAUUUUGUGUGACAACCACAGGAAGAGGAAGACGCCUAAUUAUAAAGUCACUUCCUCCUGCUAAGCACCUUCUGUUUCUUCAUCGAUAAUCAAUGGUGCUGAUCUGCUUGCCCUUCGAUUGGGGGAGCCACUCACUACGUGCUGCCUGGGAACCAAUCCUGUGUGUAGAUAGCUACAGGAAGUACCCCUCUUAUUGGUUCAUCCUUCCUCUUUUUAAUGUCACCCAACUAGAAGCAUGUGUUUACUUACCUACUGUGGCCAAUCACGUUGGAGGUGCUUAGUGGAGAGUUGUUGACAUUAGCUGCUAGUUUCUCUAAAGUCUUCCUCUUUGAGUGUGUUUGAUUGAAAUGGUGAAGCCUGUCAAUGCCAGGGGCCCAGGUGUCAUUUACAAGAGGUUGUUGUUUUUUGUUUGUAAAUAUUUCGGUUUUGUUUGUUUUCAAGCUCUGCUCUGCUCAGAGAGCCUGAGUUUGUAGGCUGGAGUGUUCUGAUUCGAGCCCUAAGGUUUCCACUACUGCUGAAGGAGGAGAGGAAUAAAAUCCAGUAGUAGUGCUAACCUGAGGCCUGGGUGUGAAUCACCCUGCUGUCUGUCACUUCUAGGUUAACCCCAGACUUUCAAGGUAAGUCCCAGUCCAGACCCGAGGCCUGCAGCCUCUGGUUCUGUUCCUUUGCCUUGAACCAGUGAGUGACCUAGACCUGGGAAACCAAGUAAACAUGUACUGUAGUAUACUGUCUUGUCAGUGACAUUGGUUGGUCUUUACAGUGCUGCAGCUCUCGAGGAUUAGGACUGGGGACACCUUGGUUUAGGCAUGGUCUUACGUCAGAUAGCCCAACGAUCUCCUUAACGGCGUGUCCCGUUAGAAUAACGCCAUCUGCCGGAAGACAAUGGGGUUUAGAUUGUUGUUCUAACUGAUCCUGUGUCAGUGUGGUAAGCCCAGAGCUCAGCCAGGGUGUGUUGCAACGCCCCGGUCUUGUCAGGCUCCUCUCUGACCGAGCAGAGCCAUGAUCUGAUCCAUUCUGUGCCAGUCCAAAUGAAGGGCUCAGUGCUGCUCCGCCCUGGUAUGACUAGCCACUGUUAUUAUUCUGUCUAGAUGUACAUGUAGCAGACUGGAUAAUCAUGGAGGCUAGUCGUCUCAGAGAUGAGCACUGACGCCCUGACAGACUGGCAAGCCUUAAUAAAAACCUCUUUAAUUUAUUUCACUGUUUUCACACGCUUACAUUUUUUUUAUGAGCAAAUCUAUUUAAAUUGAAGGAAAAGGUGCAUAUAAGAUAAAUGUCCACUCUGUAAAUAUUAUUAUGUCUAGUGUUAUUGAAAAGAGAAAUUAAAAGUCUUAAAUCCCUACAAAUGCUUAACGAACAAGGGGUUCCGCUGAGUUCCUUCUGGUGCCAUGGACCUACUUACCCUCAUCAAGCGCUACAUAAUCACUUUCACGUUAUUGGUUCCAAACUCAUUGUAGAUAAGGAAUAAUGUAAGGGUUAGUCCAUCAGCAUUCUGGUAUAGUUCCCAUUGUCAUGAAGUAGAUGAUGUGGAUCAUCUCAGUAGUCUAAAGUGGUAAGGUGUAGGUGUAGCUUAUAGGCAGUGCUUGACUUGGGGAGAAGCUCACCAGAGCUGAGUACUGGCACCUCAAAUGUUCUCCUGCUUGAGCUCCUGUUCCUCUUCUAGAAUAUCAGCUCAAAAGUAUUGUGGAGCUCCUGCACCUAAAUAUAAACUGUACCGGCACCCAAAAUGAGUACUCAAUCUAUUUCAGUCCAAGUCAAGUACUGCUUAUAGGGUAUAGGGAGAACUACAUCAGCCAGAAACACCAUUAUGUUUAUAGUAAUGGGACAAGGAAGAGAAACCAUGUUCCAACUGCUACCAACUCCAGAUUAUACACCCCCAAAAUGUGUUUUGUAUAAAGGCAAAUUAAAAGAUGAAUAAAUACAUGACUAUAUUACUAAUAUAUCUUUCUCUGAUUGUAAGGACUUUAUUUCUCCUUGAAUUGAAGCCAUUUGAAGCCACUUGUAAAACUCGAUGUCAGCCUUAUGUCUGUCUGUCUGCAUUAUCUUUUGUAUGAUUUUUUUUUUACCAUCGUUAUUGUCAAAGUACACCAAUAAAAUUAACUUUAAACGA